AUGUCCAUGCACCCUGAUGUGUAUCUGCCCUGUCUGCAUUUGCGACAACAGUCACACACCAGUCUUCUCGGGGCUCUGGUGCCGUGCUGUUUGGACCUGAGUUUAGCUCACCAGUACGGGGAGUGUCUGUGCAUGCCUCUGCUACCAGGAUCCACUUUUGCUAUGCGAGUUGGGAUCAGGGAGCGCUACAAGAUACGGCACUUGAGAUGCAUUCACAGCAGUCAGAUGAGAGAGGGUAAGGAGCUUCUUGGACGGACUGACGCUCUCUCUGAAUCCUCUCAAUCAGCCACCAUGGAAGAACUCCAGAGAAAACUGAAUCAGCGCUAUGAAGGCACCAAGCCCAGAAAGGUGAGGUUCAAGCUGGCGUCCUCCUACAGCGGUCGGGUGCUGAAGCACGUGUACGAAGACGGUCAAGAGCUGGAAAGUCCAGAGGAGAAAUACCCACACAGCUUCGUCCACCGCAAAAUCCCUCCCAACCACCUCGAGAUGGAGCAGCUCUGCGGGUUUGAGGAUGCUCAUGGGGACCAACAGGGUGUCUAUCCUCCAACAGGGCUCAUUGCCCAGAGAAUAAAUGUGUACAGAGGAAUGGGAAGCUACCAGCCUGCUGCUGGCCAGACUGACGAAGCAGAGGGAGACGGCAAGUCCUCUGUGUUAGACUUUGGCAAGAUAAUCAUCUACACCAGUAAUCUGCGCAUCAUCAGAGCACCACAGAAGAAGCCUGAGUCGUUGCGGCACCACACAGUGCCUCCCGUGGACUUGGAGGGAUACUCGAAGGCCAGGGACAGGGGGAGCAGCAGGAGGAGGGCUAAAGCUCUGUACGCGCAGGAGAGGGAGGAGAAGGAGGAGAAACAGAUCAGCGACACAGAUACCAAGGAGGCCGACAGCUGCCAGCAUUGUGGCGGCUCGGGCUGCGCUCCCUGCUCUCUGUGUCACGGUAGCAAGCUGUCCAUGCUGGCAAACCGCUUCAAUGAGUCCAUCAGUGAUCUGCGUUGCCAAGCCUGCUACCCCCAUGGUCUGGAGAAGUGCCAGUCCUGCUCCAGUAAAUAG